CGCCCCCGUUCUGAGCACAUCUGGAACACCGCUGUGUUAGCCAUCACACCAUCACAACAGCACACCAUCACCAGCGUGCAGCAGUGAGGACAGGGAGACGGUCCACGCCAGGAUCUCCUACUGGCGAGCUGUAACCUUGGACGAGUUCCGGGCAACGGAGGAGUAUCGCCAUGGCGCCAGCAACGUCAACAACAUUGGAACAGGCUCCUGGCAAGCGGCCGGCGACACCCCCUUCAUUCGCUGCCUCCGGCUUGCUGGUGCCCUCUGUGUUCUGGUUCUUGGGCGUCGUCGUCGGGAAGGCGUCGGGAUGGAAAGAGUGCUCCAUUUCGCCGGGGGACAGGUGGAGCCCGGCGCCAUCGAGGACUUCGACUGCCGCGCUGAGGAUGCGCUUCGACUACGAAAGGCGGUACACUUGCGAAUCCAAACCCGCCUCCUAUUUGGCAGCCUCCUACUACUUCGACUCUACCUGCACGACAAGGCGGUUCCCUUCCCCCCCUGACGUCACUUCGUGCUUGAAGGGGAGACGAGUGAUUUUCCUGGGGGACUCUCUGUCGAACCAGCAGGGGGACUCCCUCAUGGGCAUGCUGGGCUGGCAUCCAGAUUGGAUGACCAAGGGGGCCCCGCGAAACAGCAAGCUGACUAUUGAGGACGGAUCGAAGCAUUUUACCCUGGUUGACUGCUAUCACCCUUCAAUCGGUAGAAUGGAGAGAUGCUACGACUGUUCCACUAGCGACUUCCCCUCGCCUGCAGCUUCAGAUCGCCCGGUGUCGCGAGCGACACAGAAGAAAUCGCGAAAAAAUAAGUUAAUCCGUGCUGGGGAAACAUCAUCGGAAAAGCUAAAGCAGUCCAUGCGCGGCAGGACAACUACCUCGAUUAAGACCGCCAAACCCAAAGGCACAAGAGGCCUCGGACACAAGAGGCACAAGAGCAAGAGGCACGGGCGAUGGUGGCGGCGGGGAGAGGGGCACGGACGGCACGAGGACGAGGAGGAGGAAAUAGAGGAGGAUGAACGAGCGGAGGAAGAGGAGGCAGAGGAGGACGAAGUGGAGGGGUACGGGGAGACUUUCGACGUCGAUGGGAAUGAAAUCUCGGUGCACAUGCGGAUGCUUUCGAGGCCCAGCGGCGAGCACUGGGUGUUGAAGGCCGCGAGCGACUUCAACGGGACGAGAGCGUCGGACGUGUUCGUGGUGAACUUCGGGGGUCACUACCACGACGUCCCAGAGGACGACGAGGAGUUCAAGACCGACAUGAUCCCCGUCCUCCAAGACAUGGCGGUUCUGGGCGAAAAUUCCACCGUCGUUUGGAGAGAGAUCGCCCCGACCCACUUCCCCGCCGCGAAUGGGUCUUACGACUCUUACGCCGACAUGGACGCGAAAGAUCUCACACCGAGGUGCACUGGGACUCCACCCAAGGUUUUCGACCGAAAUGAGUGGGUUGAGAACUACGUGCGCGACAACGGCCUCGAGGACAGGAUCAAGCUGCUUCGAAUCUACGACAUGUCGGUGCCACGGGGGGCGGCCCAUCACACGUGUCACUUUGCGCCACCGUCGACCAUGAAACAGCCCCGAAUGAGGAACUACGGCAGCGGUGCGGCUUCCGGUCCGAUCGACUGCAGGCACUGGUCCGAAACCGGCGUCGUCGAGGAAUGGAACACCCUUAUGCUCAACCACCUCUGCCCGAUAGAGUGACGUCACCCUCUCAGUUCAUUGGCGCACUCUCCCAGAGGAGGAGCUGACUUCAUUGGUUGGCGGUUAACCAUGCAGCAGUGAAAAUGAGGAGAUUAUUCCACGGCCCAGUAGAGGAGGACUGUUUCGCGCGCUUGGUCGAGAGUCACCAUGACCCCCCUGGGCCGUCCUUUCUGCGGGUUGGCAGGGUGUUGCAAUGAUGCUUUCUGAGCAUCACUUGGGCAAUAACCCGAUACCGCAGCCUUGCCACGGCGGCACGGUGUGCGGGGUCUCGAGGCAUGUUGAAACGUUCCUUUUUUUACGAUGCGCGCGAGGCGAUUCGAUUGGUUGAAGAAUUUAGUGGUUAGAGUUUGCUUGGUACCCAUGUGGGGUAGCCUACAAUAUUUGAUUGGUAAAUGUUUGCCCCCGAAAGACGACUGACUAUGGAUAUCAUUUGGAACCUGUUCGGAGUAUACUUUGUCGAGUUUUGUGUACUUAACCUGGUAGUGUGGAUGACGAAUGAAGGUCGGCUAUAGAGGACGUAGAGGUGGAUGUACACAUUUGAUACUGGUGGAUGGAGCAUUCGUGUUUUGAUUUAUUGGGGCGAUCGAUGACUUGUUUCCGUAUCAUCGAACCUGAAGCUUCAUGUACGUGUUGGCUUGAGAGUUGAUCGGCGUCGCUUCCUUCGGUAGGCGAACCGUAUGUCUUGCAAUGCUCGGCAUCUUGCGCCCUGGUGGCGCGACGCUCGUUUUGUCCGUUUUGGUGGUGGUAGCUUGAAUCGAGCGAUAGCCAUCAGCCUCAAGAUUUUCGGCAGCGCAGCGUGCUGUGCAGGCGUAGUCUUCUAGUGUUUGUAUGUAGAAUGUUGACAUGAAUACUGAUUGUUUCGUGCCUCACCUCAAUCUGACGUUACACCCUGAAUUUCGAGAAAACUCUUGUCAAUAUGCGUGUUGUGUGUAUGCGUAUUACCUGUGUCCUUUGAUAGCUGGUAACAAGGAAUGUGUCUCUGUCAUAUGGUGACCACCUGCUGCCCGUGUUUGUUGGUGUGGUCAGGAAAAAUAGUGUGGAUGGAUAUUGUCGUGUUGUCGUCGGUGAAAAGCCCUGUUUGUGUGUCGUGAGGCUCGGUUUUUGUUCAGCCCUUCAGCGUGGCCGUUUCAAGUCGAUAAGGGAGGAUCACAGGGUUGCGGGUAAUCGCGUGGUCAUUUGUUCAGCACAGGUGGUUUAACUAUUAAUUCUUGCAUCUUGCCCACGUGCGGGCAGGCCAUCGGAUCAGGAUGCCCCGGCUACGUAGUGCCAUGUAAUUCCUAUAUAUCCGUUUAAACGUUGUGAGAUGCUGAUCUUCAUUUUCUUACAAAGCCGCGAUCCUCUUGUCGUCGUACAUGACCGCGAGUUGAUCUACAGCAAGAAGUACAUCCUUGAUUCUUUCAUCACUUUUUGUGCUAUUUAGAGGCAGGCGCAGCUCUUCUCCCAAGCGACAACGGGGUGAUAAGCGUCGAAGAAAGUGAUGAAUGGUUUCUUGAGCCGAGCCGGGUCGCAAACUCCUCCAAAUUCCGUCCGUUCUAUUGCAACAAUUUGGAUGGGAGCGGUUGACGUUGGUACCGUUGGUCAUAGCAUGCUUUCGUCCAUAUGUACAGGCGCUAUUGGGUGAAUGAGUGUUUGGAAGCGAUUUUCGGUACGUCGCGGAUUUGGAUCAAU